AUAUAACAUAUAAGUACCCUCUUUCUUGGCUUCCCUGGCUUUCUCCUCUGCAACUCUCUGGAAUUCUUCAGCUGUGGAAGGUGCUCUCUCUGCAUCAAACUGCUACGGUUUCCAUUGCUUGCUUCCCUAUAAUUCUGUCAGGAGUAUGGAAGACAAUCAUGAUAGGAGUUGGAUGUACAAUCGUCUAACUGAUAGAAGACAACUAACUCGAGCAUUCUUGGAGGGUUUGGAAACGUUCAUCCAAUUUGCUCUGGAGCAAAUAGGUACAUCAAGUGAUGUUAUCAGUUGUCCGUGUGUGAAAUGUAAGUGUUUUAAAUUUCAAACGCCGGACAAAGUCAGGGAGCAUCUGUGUAGAUGGGGCUUCAUGCCAGACUAUGAAUGUUGGCAUAUCCAUGGGGAAAUUCGGCAGGCAUAUGCUAUUCCAGGAGGUUAUUAUGGGGAAACUAGUCAGCGAAACAACCUCAACGAAUAUGAACAGUUGGUUAUGGAUGCUGCGGGACCGUCGAUUGGGCAAAAUUUUGAACCCGAUACUCAUGCCGAACCAUCCUUCAUGGCAGAGGAUCUUAAUCCGGAAGCGGAAAGGUUUUACAACAUGCUUCAAGAUGCUCAACGUCCAUUAUGGGAAGGUUGUGAACAUAUUCAACAUACUGAACAUACAACGCUAUCAGCAACCCUAGCAACACUACAGUUGAAGAGUGAUCACCAUAUGAGUGAGUCUGCUUACAACGGCUGGAUGCAGCUCAUGCGUCAGGUUGUUCCUAAAGACAAUAAUUUGGCGAAGGAUUUUUACCAAGCAAAGAGAAAGGUGAAAGAGCUUGGGCUCGGAUGCACAAAGAUUCAUUACUGCCCCAAAGGAUGUAUGCUAUAUUACGGUGAUUACAUUGACCGCACCAAAUGUGAGUUUUGUAAGCAUGACAGGUACAAAGUUGUGAGGGACGGAAGGAAAACGACAUGUGAAGCCUAUAGCAAGAUGUGGUACUUUCCUAUUGUGCCUAGACUUAAAAGAUUGUAUGCUUCCGAACAAACAGCUUGUCACAUGAGAUGGCACCGUGAGCAUUGUAGGGAUGAAAAAUAUGUGACGCAUCCAUCAGAUGCCGAAGCUUGGGUUCAUUUUGAUGAGGCGAAUCCUUCGUUUGCAGCGAAGCCACGUAAUGUGCGUAUUGGUUUAUGUUCGGAUGGGUUUGCUCCUUUUAAUCAGACGGGUAGGAAUUAUUCUUGUUGGCCUGUUAUUGUGACCUUUUUUAUAGUAUGUGUGACAAUGUGAAUGUGGUGCCAACUGCC